GGUAGCUAAAUACAAUGAUCUUUGAAGUAGUUCUUGGUCGUUACAAAUUUUACAGUUCAAAAUCGAAACCAAUGGUGGAUUUGAAGAAGUUUAGGCCGGUGAUCCUAAAGAGGAUUGAGGAACAGGACAAGGAAUAUCCCAUCAAACGCUUGAGCCCUGUAGCCCAUGAGGUCCUCCAGGCUCGAGCGAUUCUCUACCACGGCGUAUCUACCCUCAUCUACAUCAUUCAUGGAUUAUUAUACUACCCAGAAGUUUAUAUUAGCAAGAAUGGUCAUUUGAUUCGAACUUGUGGUGGUUCCCGGCAUCAAGCAAAGAACCAGGUCCAUAAGUGGGUUAAAGGAAGCACUAAACAUAUACUAGUUCCUGUAGGAACAUUUCAUUUGCAGAAAAUGUUUCAAAAUGUAAUUGAACACAAUAAGAGAUUUGAUUAUGAUCGCAUUUCAGCAGUUGUGGAGCAAUUUUAG